UUGCGUGAACGAUCUUGCCCUCGUCCCCAUCUGUUCAAAGCAUAUAUGCGAUUGUGCCUGUGACGCACGGGCUACGCUUUGUGCAAUCGCAAUCGCCUCAAGGAAGCGUCGGGGGUUGGGCAGUAUUCCUUACCUUGCACUCCACCAUCAAGGCUCACAACUCAUUGCGGGAGAGCCUCACUGGUCUCCCUGCAUAGGCCGAUUCGAAGACUUGUGGCCCGUCAGAAGAGCAGAGCAAGCGCGGUGAUCACCAGCACCACCUUUUGCUUCAACAUGGAGCCUCUCACCACGGACGAGCUGGAUCGCGAGAUCGCAAAGAUGGAGCAGGGUGUCAAACGUUGCCCUUUCUCCAUCUUCACUUGGAAGCCUCAGAGCUACGACGAGAAGCAACGAUAUCUUGCCCACCUUCGCUGGCGCGUCCCUGAGCAGCAUCUUAGGCCGGCUGAAAGCGAGCCGCAACCACAGCCGCGCCCUCCGGAGCAAGAGAGCUCUGUCCCACCUCGCGACACGCAGCUUACGACGAUCAUUUCUGGAAACAAAUCUUCUGCUCAAGCUAUCGAUGACAAGUGGGGUGUCAUCUUCAAUCGCCCAUGUCUCAAGACUGAGAGUGCAAGUGCCAGCGGUAGGGUUGCCGGGUCAUCCGAGGCUCCGAAAUCGGAAAAUGGUGGCCCUUCAUCUGUAGUCGCAUUGACGCCUGGCAAAGCUGCCACGCGAGGGAAUGUCGCUUCGACUGCCAAGCGUACGGCGAACUUGCUCAAGAGCUCGAGCGCCCCUGCUCAAGACUCUGGCUCCCCAAGCACCGGCGGGAAGCAGAAGGUUUGA